CACAAGCGGGGUUGGGAACUUGUAAGAAUAAUGGUAUCUUCUAACUGGCGUCAGUAAAUUCUGAUAUCGUCAGCUUUGUAUACAUUCGUUAUCAUAUCAGCCGCGGCAACACAAGGCUAGUUCGACGCCCCUCAGCAAGCUCGACGCGCGCCUCCUGCUGCGCUCUCCCCUCGCCUCCGCUCCCCCCGCCGCCUGUUUGACUGACUGACUGAUGCAGUUUCCUCUCGGUCGUCGUGGAGUCCACACGUCUCGUCUACUUAAAAAGCUUAACGUAUCCGAGCUUUGUAUGUUUUAUGUGUAAGGUGUCAUCAGAAUUACGGUGCCGCAUUGUCCUCACUUAAAUCAUUAGUGCUUGUGAACCUGUGAACGGCUCCGUUGACAUAUCUUAUCUUAAAGUGAUUAAAACUGUUUGUUGUUGCAAUAGUAUUUUAAACUAAGUUUUAAUUUACUUUUUAAACACGGGAUGUUUUGAAACAUAAGGAUCUAUAUCUUAAAGAAGCAGCUUGGCGCGGCGUAGCGGGCGGGCCGCGCCAUGGGUAACAAAUGCUGCAGCCGCCGCCAUGACCCGGAACGACCUCUAGUGUACCCAGCGUACAAGAAGAACGAGCCGGGGUUCACCGCCUGCCCGUCGCUAGAGACUCGCUACACCGGCGAGCCCAACAACCGCGCGCCGCGCCGCACCGCCGACAUCGUGCGAACACGAAACCCGGGAACAUGUAUAACCAACGGCGGACGGCGCGUAGUCAAAGCGCUAUGCGCUUACACGGCGCGCGCCGACUCCGACAUCUCCUUCCGCAAGGGCGACCGCAUGGAGGUCCUCAACGACGCCGAGACGGACUGGUGGCGAGUCCUGCACCUCACCACGCGGCGGGAGGGGCUCGUGCCUGUCAACUUCGUCGCAGAGGAGAGCUCUGUCGAGUGCGAAGAUUGGUUCUUCCCCACCGUUUCAAGAAAGGAAGCGGACAAGCUCCUACUAGCUGAGAGUAAUCCUCGGGGCACGUUCCUCGUGCGACCCGCCGAACACAACCCGCACGGUUUCAGUCUCAGUGUGAAGGAUUGGGAGGAAGGCAGAGGGUACCAUGUGAAGCAUUACAAGAUCAAGCCGUUGGACAAUGGAGGGUUUUAUAUAGCUACGAAUCAGACGUUCCCGAGCUUGCCGGCGCUCGUCAUGUCGUAUACAAAGAACGCGCUAGGCCUCUGCCACGUGCUGGCGCGGCCCUGCCCCAAGCCGGAGCCGCAGAUGUGGGACCUCGGGCCCGAGCUGCGCGACAAGUGGGAGAUCCCGAGGAGCGAGGUGCAGCUCAUCAGGAAACUGGGCCAGGGCAACUUCGGAGAAGUGUACUACGGAAAAUGGCGGAAUAAUAUUGAGGUCGCCGUGAAGACACUACGAGAGGGCACCAUGUCCACGCAAGCAUUCCUGCAGGAGGCAGCUAUCAUGAAGAAGUUCAGGCACAAGAGGCUGGUCGCGUUAUACGCGGUCUGUUCGACACAGGAACCCGUCUACAUAGUCCAAGAGUACAUGAGCAAAGGCAGUCUCCUAGAAUUCCUCAGAAACGGAGAGGGCAAAUUCCUACACUUCGAAGACCUUAUCUACAUCGCCGCGCAAGUCGCCUCCGGCAUGGAAUACCUCGAAUCCAAACUCCUCAUACACAGAGAUUUAGCCGCCAGAAACGUACUAAUAGGCGAGAAUAACAUAGCGAAAAUAUGCGACUUCGGUCUCGCGAGAGUUAUAGAAGACAACGAAUACUGCCCCAAACAAGGGUCGCGUUUCCCGGUCAAAUGGACCGCCCCCGAAGCAAUCAUUUACGGAAGAUUCUCAAUCAAAAGCGACGUAUGGUCAUAUGGUAUACUACUAAUGGAGCUGUUCACGUACGGACAGAUACCGUACCCGGGACUACACGGGAAAGAGGUGAUAGAACAAGUGGAACGAGGGUACAGAAUGCCCAAGCCGGUGGGGCACUGCCUGCCGGACGACAUCUACCGGCUGAUGCUGCAGUGCUGGGACGGCAUCCCGGAGAAGCGGCCCACGUUCGAGUUCCUCAACCACUACUUCGAGUCCUUCACGGUGACCAGUGAGAUACCGUACAGAGAAGUGCAAGACUAGUGCUUAGGUGCUGUGAUAUAGUAGGUAAUAGUGCGAGACUGUGUAAGGUCCUUAGCGAAUUAUGGAAUCGUGGCGACGGACGCUUCCGGUGCCUAGAGAACGCUACGAUUUCAUACUUUUAGUAUUUUUAUACUCAAAAGCGUUAUAACAAUACAGGAAUGUGUGAGCUUGUCGUUUUUAUUGGCCGGCUUCCGUUUCCAAACCGCGUGCGGUAACACCGAUUACGAAAUUACGCAUAAGUCCACUAAAAUAUUUUUAAGAGUAAAAUAUAUAGUACGGCAAGAAAUUGUAGAAAAUAAACGAGGGCGCCACUUCCUACGUAACUGUCACAUUUUUGACGCAAAAUGCAACAUGGCAACAAUUUAGUAUGGAAUUUUUUUUUGUUCCAUUUUAUUUAAUUUCUACUAUUUUAUGUCGCACUAUAGUUGUGCAAAUUUUCACUUUAUAGUUUCUUAUUUAUUAGCGACGGUAGCUUUAUGAGCGCACGUAGUAUUGUUUUGCAUUUUGUACAAAAGAGAAUGUUCACUAUAAACGUAAGCAAUAAGAUUAAAAACGAUAUAAAAUGUUAACACAAUAUUUUUCAUAUUCUAAAAUGGUAUGUGAUACAUUAUCACUUAAGGCACAACACUACAGUAAUUAAAUUUAAAAAAAAACUAAUAAAGAUCUCAAAACACGCCUCAUUCAUAUUUUCCAAUGUUCUCAUCAUACCAAUAUCAGUUGUCCCAUGUUUUUUGCAAAUUAAUUUUAUUGUACACACAUUGUAAACCUGUAUUGCGUACAAAUUAAAAAAUACUGCCAAGUCUUUAUAAUAAAUCAAAUAUAUACUCGCUCCUUUGCCAAUUGCAAGCAAUCUACACUUCAAGUCACAUUGUGCAAUAAUAAUCAGUUUUGUCCCAGCAAAGGAGUGCCCUGAUGUAAAAAGACAAAUCAAUGAACCUAGCUUUAGGACCAUAUACCAAAGAGAUUUGUACAUUGUGAGCGAAUGGUAGGCGUAGAGGGAACGUAUUUAAUUUCUAGCAUAGUUAGAACUUGUGACCUGUGUAACUUUAGUAUAAUUUUGACCAAUUAUCUAUUGACAUGUAACAAUUGUAAAAUAUUUAUAAACUAAUUUCAAUUUAAACGACUGAUCAUUGAUCUUAAUGUUGGUUACCUGUCCUAAUGUAACUAAUAUUUUCUGUUUUUCUACACUUAUGCCUGGACACUUGCUGUGGAUUCUUUAAGACGGCUUUGCUGUACAAUUUUGCGGUCAGUUCUGUCACAAGUUUAAGACUGCCUUUAUACUUGGCCUGUAUAGCAAAGUAGUGGCGAGAUCGCGGCGGUGUGCGAGUGCCCUAACAAGCAUAAUCCUUGCUUUAGUCACUUAAUCAUCUCAUCAUCUUAGGAAGUGUAUGAAGCCAAUGAAAAAUAGUGUCUUAAAUAACAUUCCAAAUAUUCAAACACGUUAAAUUUCGACACUUUUGUAUGAAAAUUGACUAGAUUUUUAAGGUUUUGUACAUACAAUGAAAUAAAUGUCAUUGAUAUAAAA